AGCUAAGGAGAGGUUUAGAGCGUCUCUAGCUCUCUAUGUGUAGCUCUGGCUUUCGCUGUGAAACCGCAGAAAGCGUAGAGCGUCCCCUGUUCCGGGCCGCACUUAUACCUUCCCUCGUAACCCGGAAGUAGCCCCUUGGCGCGCGGGAGCGGCGGUUGAGGCGAGAGAGCGGGCAGAACUGCAGGCAAGAUGACCACCAGCCAGAAGCAUCGGGACUUCGUGGCCGAGCCCAUGGGGGACAAGCCUGUUGGCACUUUAGCUGGCAUUGGAGAUGUACUUGGCAAAAAGCUGGAAGACAAAGGCUUUGACAAGGCUUACGUGGUGCUCGGGCAGUUCUUAGUGUUGAAGAAGGACGAGGACCUCUUCCGUGAGUGGCUGAAGGACACGUGCGGUGCCAAUGCCAAGCAAUCCAGAGACUGUUACGGCUGCCUGAGGGAAUGGUGCGAUGCUUUCUUGUGAACGCCAUUAGUCAAAGCCUGGUGGAUGCUGUUAGGGCUUUUGUAAUUGGAAAGAGAUCAAACGUCCCCUUCUCUCACAGCGUAUACUCUUUAUAAACCUUUCAGCAUCUACAAGGGCUCGUUAGGGCUAUCACUCCUGAGACCAGGGGAAGAAAAUUGUUACUGCCUUUUAAUGUAACUGAACCUCUUUUUCUUUAGGGAGAGAGUUGAGAAGGGUCAGAUGUUCUAAUUUGAUACUCCAUAUGUCUUUUAUGUGGCUUUGAUAGCAACCCCCUCCCCCCCCGUUGGGCCACUGAACUCCAAAAACAUACUGCCUACCAAUAAUGAGAUCUCCCAGUUCCUUUGGUUUGAGCUCCAAUUAGAUUGGGGUUUAUCUGUUGGUUCUGAAAACAAAAGAUGUAUUAGGAUUAUUUUUCUAGUUUCUUUCUACUUUUUGAUCCUCACUAUAACUUUUUAUGCUACCCGGUUGAAUGGCAGGAACCAAAAAUCAUUGCAGAGUUUUUAAAACAAUAAAAAUCAGCUGUGUUAACUA